UAAAUAAACUUGAUUACAAAAUGGUUAAAAUUGGUGCUGGAUUUUUGCUUAUUUGUCUAACUGUGAUUGUUCAACAUAAUUUUGUCCAUACUACUUCUUUACCAAUCAACUCAACAGCAAUUAGACAAUCACGGAUAACAAAUUGGCUUCAACGCUGGAACUUCAAUCGUUUCACUGAAUUGUUGCCCUCAUUUCCAGAUUUAGUGUCAUUAAUCAGUUCAGUUAUUGGACCCAUUGGUUUAACAAGCUAUUCACUGACAACUGUUCUUCCAGCAGUAGUUAAGCCAGAUUAUGAUUAUAUUAUUGUUGGUGGAGGAACAGCGGGUUCAGUAUUGGCUAACAGAUUGUCGGAAGAUGGUAAAAGUCGAGUUUUGCUUCUCGAGGCCGGUGUUAAAGAACCUGAUAUCAAUUCAAUUCCAUUCAUGAAUCAAUUGCUUCGCAAAACUGAUACUGAUUGGUCAUACCAAUCAACUCCUCAGCUUCGUUCAGGUUUAGGCUUGAAAGGUCAUCAAAUUCCCAUUUCUCGAGGUAAAAUGAUUGGCGGUAGUUCAAGUCAAGGGUUCAUGAUUUAUGCAAGAGGUUCACCUAAAGAUUAUGAUAGAUGGAAAUCUGUUGGAGUAAAUGGUUGGUCGUUUGCUGAUGUUUUCCCAUAUUUUGUCAAAUCGGAAGGAGCUUCAUCACUCUGGGAUUUUGAACCAGGAUAUCAUGGAUUAACUGGUCGUUUAAAGGUUUCCCAGUAUUCAUCCGCUUUGAAUGUAGAGACGUCCAUUCUUGGAGCAAUUAGAGAGGCUGGUUGGCUUAUUGGUGAUUAUAAUGGUAAAAAUCAGACAACGUUUGCUUUCUCACAGUUUACUAUUGAUGAAGGAAAUCGAGUUUCUGCUGGAAAAGCGUAUCUAUCUGAUGCGUCUUCCAGGCCCAAUCUUGACGUUUGUUUAGAGUCUCAUGUGCUAAGGAUAUUAUUUGACGAUAAGAAAGUUGCUACUGGCGUUGAAUUCAAAUCUUCUGGCAACUAUUAUUCAGUCUCAGUAACAAAAGAGAUCAUCCUUUCAGCUGGAGCUAUUAACACACCACAGAUUUUAAUGCUGUCGGGAAUCGGGCCCAAAGAACAUCUUGAAAUGCACGGAAUUAAAGUUGUCGUUAAUGCACCAGGAGUCGGACAAAAUUUGCAAGACCAUCCAAUGACCAUGAUACCUUUUUUAACAGAAAAAGGAUCUAGUUUUGUGUAUAGUCGAGUAUUUGAAUUGUUCAACAAUAUUUAUAAGUAUGUUAUUGAGCGUAAAGGUACUCUCGCCAGUCCGGGAACAAAUAUUGUCGGUUUUUAUCGAACCAAAUAUGCAGAUGAUCGCCCUGAUAUACAGUUUCAGAUUGAAGGGACAGCCUUUGGAGGAUCAUAUCCAACUGCCUUUUUAGGUUCAUUGUACAAUUUUCGGCAAGAGCUGGUGGAUCGAUAUUUAGCUCCUAACACUCGUUUAGAUGGUUUUACAAUUUAUCCCAUAUUAUUACACCCAAAGAGCAAAGGUUCUGUCAAAUUGGCUUCAAGUAAUCCUCUUGAUCCUCCUUUGGUUGAUUUCAAUUUGUACGAGAAUGACCGAGACAUUGAACGAUUGAUUGAGGGUUGUAAACAAGCUGUCCGAAUCGCUUCAAUGCCUUCACUUAUCCGAAUUAAUUCACGACGUUUUCCUGGUUCACCUGGAUUAUGUGGCCAAUAUGAGUUUAUAACAGAUGAAUAUUUUAAAUGUUAUAUACAAACAAUAACACUAACAAAUAAUCAUCCAGUCGGGACUGUGAGGAUGGGAUCUCAAGAUGAUAAAAUGUCUCCAUUAGAUAAUAAACUGAAAGUAAAAGGAGUUGAAAAACUUCGAGUUGUUGAUGCAUCCGUCAUUCCAGAAAUUGUUUCAGGAAAUUUAAAUGGUCCGAUAGUUAUGAUCGCAGAAAAAGCAGCAGAUAUUAUACUCGACCGUCCAGGCUUAAAAGCCCAAAGUCCGCCUAUUAAAAUUUGAAGCUGUUAUAAAUAACCAAUCCUUAUGAAACUUUUUUAGCAAUUAUAAAAAUCAGCCCAUGAAA